AUGACUGACUAUCAAAGAGUCCGCGGUUUCGAAAUGCUGGCAUUACAAAAAGAUGGAGGGCACGCCACGAUUAACCCCAUCGACAACCACGGACAUACAAGUGGCAAUACCACGGAGAAAGAGUCGAGCAGCUUGAAUAUUCACGAAACGCCUCUCAGGUCUACAACAACAUUUAUUGUCUCGCCACAGCAACAAAAACCUCGACGAUGGUGGUACAGAAUAGGCCUCCCUUCAAUACUGGUCCUCACCGUCGGGACAGGUGCCAUCCUGCUCUCUGUUGCACUACUAAUCUUCCUCUACCAAGGAGCAGACCGGGCUAGAGCCCACGAUUCUCGAGCGGAAUUCUGGGAUGACAUUGUCUUCAACGACUGGUCCACGCGACUUGUCACCAUCUGCUCCGCCGCAAUCAGGGUUUCCAUGGGGUUCCAGAUUGGACUUGCCGCUGCCGCCAUGGCAGCUGUUAUCCUAGAAACCUCUGGGAGUCGAUUCUCUGAUACAGCAAUGUUAUCUAUCCAGCGAGCAGCGAGCUCCAGUGCUGGGCCAAUGAGUAUGAUUCCUACAGCUUGGAGACAUUGUGUCGCAGGCCGAAUCUCGGGUCUAGUUUACUUAAUUAUCCUUGCCCUUGGGUUUAUCAUCGCUCUGGUUUCGACUUUGACCUCAACUAUUCUUCUCUUCGACUUUGGCCAGGAUCAAAUCUCGGCUCCACUGACGACAACCAUCAGGGCUGUUGGAUUCGAUACGCAGGAGAUCUUCCCCUUCAACGGCAUUUCAUAUUGGAAGUCCAGACCACUUGCUCACUGGCGAUUUGCCGAGACCCGACCCGAUGAGAUGGACAAAGGUCUUCGGACUGAUAAUGCGGUUGGCACAGGCGAUGUUUAUCGAGCAAUGCUGCCGUUCGACAACCCGGAAGACCGAAUCACUCUUGAAUACUAUGAUGGACCUGCAGUUGUCGUCAACCAACGAACCACAUGUUUCGCCCCAACCUUUGACAAUGCAAAGAUUGAGUACGAGUUGAGGGAUGCCUCUGUUACCAGUGGCUUGUAUCUCAAUGGUACCUACACCAUCGAGGGUCAGGACGAUUUCCUCGGGAGUGCCUCAGGCAUGCCGAAAAACAUGCUCUGCAGAAUGCACAACCAAUGGAAUACCUCACAUCCUGAUAUCCUCCCGGUAUCUCUUUGCAGCGGUAAAUUUGGACAAGUUCCUAUUGAGAACGGGACCAAAAAUCCUUUUUCCGGUUGGGCAUACGGCUUCGACUCUGUCAUGUUGAUCAGCUCAGGUUCGGCUCUGAAUGGGAUCGCUUCUACAAUUGAUGAGAAGACUGGAAAACCAUUGUCACCCGAGAUACCAAAUGGCCUGAAUAAAUUAACAUUCCGCCAAGACGGACCCUGGACAAAAGCCUAUAGCGCCGCUGGGGCAGACGUAUUCAACGCCACCAUCUGCUACAUCAGCCAGAACCUUCCUCACCGAUACAAUGUCACCAUGACCGGGCGGGCUAUUGCAUCCGAGCCAGGUUUCCUGGCCGAAUGGUCCAGCCUAAAUGCCAAAGGAAAUGGUACCAGCAUUCUACAACAGCUGGGUGUCGGCCUUGACCCUAGCAAUACAAUGGAACGUGGUAUCAUGGACCUUCAAGUCCGCUCAGGGCCGGACUUUUGGGUUGACCCGAGUAAUACGCCUCGUAUUCAGGACGGAUACUUUCUGCUUUGGUCUACCCUGGUGGAAUCCUCUGCUUUAGGAAGCUGGAGCUUUGGAGGCAGAACCAUGACAAACGAUAUUUUGACACAGAUCACUUGGCCAGCUCAUCCGGAGCAUUCGGCCGUGUUCCAAAACAUCCUCCACCAGACUGGCGACCCGGCUCAUGCGAUACAGGCGCUUGUGUUCCGCUUCUAUCAAAUGAUAUACUACGACUGGCUUCCCAAUUUCGAUCCAACUCAUAGCGUCACGACAAUCAAUGCUAAAGAAGUGCUCAUCCCAGAGCAGUGGACAGGGUUUCUUAUCGUCCUGGCGAUAAUUCUCACUCACUUCAUCAUAACUGCUCUCGCCAUGUUUCUUUUUGCACAGCGUACCGACUCUUCCCUGUUGGGAAAUGCUUGGCAGGCCGUUUCUCAGAUGGUGUCACCUGAGACACAGGAUAUUAUCCGGGUAGCAGGUGGCGAGGGAAUGAAGGAUAAAGAGGUUGCAAGGCUGGCUAAAUCUGCCGGACGGAACAACGAAGCAUAUGCUCUAGCGAGCGGUGUUGAUAGUAGCAGGACAGAACUACGGGUCCGUUGA